AUGCGAUCACCGACUUUCAGCGCUCUGGCAGCUGCUGUUCUGCUCGGACUUUUGUCCGUUGUAGUCGCACAUGGCCAUGAUGAAGAUAUGAAUAUGGAUAUGGGUGUUGCUCGUCCCACAAUUGUCUCUACGACCGCGCCACCUACCUCCGUACCUGUCCCAGUCACUUACUGGAACUAUGGCGAACACCAAGGUUUGCUUACAGCGCAUAUUGCACUGAUGACUGUAGCAUGGAUUUUUGUACUUCCUAUCAGUGUAAUGAUUUCGAUCGCCCGCUCCAGAUAUACCCUGGCAGUACAAUUCCUCUUCCUAGCCAUAAAUGCAAUCGGCGUUUUCUUAAUCACCAUCUACAAUGCCAGCACGCCCGAUUUCUACCCAAACAACGCUCACCACAAGCUUGGUUGGAUCUUGACAUGGGUUGCCAGUGGACAAUUCCUACUGGGUGUGAUUUCUGCCUAUGCUGGAAGGAGUGAUGAUCGCGGAUCAUUCAUGCCUGUUUCUACAGCUGCCAUGGAAGAACAUACACGUAGGCACGAACUUCGCCGCGCGGAAAGUUACAGAUUCUCGAAUGAUAGCGGACAAGGAACCGAACCUAAUACGGAGAGUCUGAGAAGUCAGAGUAUUUCGAGUACGCACUCUGAUCUACCAGAUGCAAGAGAGCAUGAGGAAGAUGAGUCGGAGGAGAAAGGUCUCAUGCAUGGGUCCAAGGUAGAUAAAUUUUUGAAGUCAAAGAUACCUGGGAUGCUGUCAAGUAGGGUGUUGAAAGGGCUUCGAUUUCUAUACAAUGCCGUUGAUCGGGUAAUAUUAAUUCUGGGAUUCGUGGGUUUCACCACCGGUAUCAUAACCUAUGGAGGUUUCUUCAUGGGAAACAAAGUGUUCAGCGGGCUAGCACACUGGAUCAAAGGCGGUGUCUUCUUCUGGUACGGCAUCCUCACUCUCGGCCGCUGGGCAGGCUGCUUCGCAAAUAUCGGGUGGGCGUGGAACGUCAAGCCUCUCACCUCCCGCGCCGUCUCCGCCGAGUUCGUCGAGAGCUUCCUGAUCUUCUUCUACGGAUCGACGAACGUAUUCUUGGAGCACUUGGCAGCCUGGGGCAGCGAAUGGAGUGCGCAAGACUUGGAGCAUAUUUCCAUCACAGUCAUGUUCUUCGGUGGCGGUCUGUGCGGAAUGCUCAUCGAAUCAAAACGAAUCCGCGACCUCCUCAAUGCUGUCCGGUACACAGGGGGCACCACCUACGACCCCGACACGACCGCGGAGCCGAAAUCGUACCGCACGCCGAUGAACCCCCUCCCGGCUCUCAUUGUCCUCUUGCUAGGUUUGAUGAUGAGUUCACAUCACCAGGAAUCCAUGGUCUCGACCAUGAUUCAUACGCAGUGGGGUACAUUGCUGGUGGGAUGCGCGUUCGCGAGAGCGGCUACAUAUAUCAUUUUCUACCUUUCGCCGCCGACGUCAAUAUUCCCCGGCCGUCCGCCGACUGAGUUGAUCACAGCAUUCUGUUUGAUGGCUGGUGGCAUGAUUUUCAUGGCUAGUGCAAGAGACACGGUCGAAGCAAUGGAGACGCACAACCUGGACGCGAUGUUCAUCUUCACCGUCUCGAUGGGCGUCAUCACCUUCCUGAUGGCGUGGAUCAUUGUUGUUAUCGCCAUCAAGGGUAUGGCUGUCAGAAGAGAGAAUAGGGGAACGCUUGCGUUUCGUGGGUAG